UAACAGAUACCAAAUGCCAGCGGUGGCCACAACCGACCUUAUGCGGAUGAUGGGCCACAUCUUCCCCUUUACCUCCUUACCUUGGGUGUUGGAGUCGUGUACCAGCGGCUUUCAGAAGGUGACUGCCGAUCAAUUUGAGGCGGUCAAUGAACACGACAGAAGAAAAUACCGGUGGAAGAUCAUUCAUUAUCCUCAUAGGAUACGACUGUUCUGGUGGUAUAGAGACGCGCUCAUGAAGGAUUUUAGAUUCAGGCCCGACCUGGUGGAAUACGCCAACUCUAAACUGGCCUCGGUGGCGGGCGGACGGCAGGUCACGUUCGUGGCGGUGCAUGUGAGGAGGACUGAUUACGCCAAACAUCUCAAGGGAUCUAACGGACAUUUAGUGGGAGCUCCAUUCUACCAUUCGGCAAUUAACUUGUGCAGGCAGAGGUAUUCAGAGCCUGUGUUCAUUGUCACCAGCGACGACCUUAAGUGGUGCAGGGAGAAUCUUUCCGGGACCGACAUCUACCUUCUGGGCGAUCCGCGCAGCGAAUUCCCCGGUGUAGAGAGGGACCUGGCCCUGCUGGCCGCCUGCAACCACACCAUCUUCGACUACGGCACCUACGGGUUCUUCGCCGCCUUCCUGGCAGGAGGAGACAUGAUACUCGCUGAGGGCUAUUCAGAAAGGGAACACGAGAUUAUCGAAGAACUCAGGGAAGGCAAUAUCACCGCUACUUACAUAGAUGGAAACGGAACGGUGCUUCCCAAAUGCGCUCGAUGUCGGUGACAGUGGUCAGUUCUGUGACGUAAUAAAUGGCAGCUAAGACAGCAGGAGGAUAGAUGUAGAACCUACGUCAUGCGUCAGUUGUGGAUGUCCACAUUAAAAUAAUAUGUAGACAUUUACGCAUCGUUUUGCCGCCAAUGCAGGCUGGCUGACUAUGCAGCGAGGGUUUAUGGCAGCUCAAAUGCUUCAUAUUUUUUUCAGUUUUUUGUUUGUUUUUUUGUUGUUGUUUGUUUGUUUGUUAUUGGUACAACGGACCUGAACAAUUUCUCUGUAAAGGAACAACAAUGUAAACAUCCCAAAAGAGUAUAAACAAAAGCGAAUUGUGAAGAAAAACAACGGCGAUAUUGUUCAAGAACGAUCGCCGUGUAGCCGAUUGAUUAAUUUGCACUUAAUUAAAUGUUCUUUAGCGUAGGUACUUGAAUCGCGUACAUAUUCCAUUUCGACUCUUAGGCGUGCGUUGGCUGUGGCUGCCUAGAAGUGAAAUUAUUGUGACGAUUGCACUGCUACGUGGUUGUGAAAAUAGUAUUAUUCAGUUUAUUCCUGUUGCUUUUGAUGUGUGUUGCAUUGUCAUCUAUUAUGGUGGCUUAAUCAUCGCUGGAUCAUUUGGAGUAUUUUCAUCACAAUUAUAUUCCAUGAGAGUGAACGUGACUAAUGUUUUUGGGUAGAGUCAGAAUUUGUUAGAAUUAUAAAUUUUGUAAAAUUGAUUGAAAUAUAUUGCUUUGAGAGGUU